ACAAGAAGCUCACUGGCAAGGCUGUUGUCUUUGAGUUCUCUGCCACUGAUUCGUUCUAAAUUGUUUUAAGGGACGCUCCAAUUGCCAUGUAAUAAAAAUUGUUCUCCAUCUGAAACAAGUUGUUUUUGCUUUUAUGCCGUGUGCUUAUCAGGAGGGGGUCGCAUAGAUUGGAAUGACAAGGGAGGUUGAAGGGAACAUUUGUAUAAAGCUGCGGUUUUUUCUCUUCUUUUUACCAUAUUCAAAUUGUUCUUAUCCACAUGAGAAGCAAACUUCAUCGUCAUCACCACCAUCACCACAAGCACGAUAACAAUGUUAUCAAUGAUGAUCACACUCAGCAGAUUGCACCCGCUGUCACCAUUUCGCCAAGUCAACCGCUACUACCACGAUCACCUAGCGAACAACAAGAGUUUGAUGAGCUUAACCAAGUCGACUCAAAAGAUGAAGCUGUCCCACAAGCUACCAUCACCCAUCCACAACCAGAUCAAAACAGACUGUCGCCAUUGAUGCGCAAUAAAACGCCAACAGUGCUAUCUUCGUCAUCGAGCUCGGACGAAGAUGAAGGCGAAACGUCAUCAGCAUCAUUAUCCUCUGCUUCUCAAAUCGAUAUGCUCUCUAAAGAACUCAAGGAACAUCAACAUGAAUUGCAAGAAGUAGACAAAGAAGAAGAUUUAAUUGUGGAUAAGCAGCUAUUGAAAACAACCGAGCGUAAUCGACAUAUCCCAUCACCCGAGCCAGUAUCAAAUCGUCUCAACAGCACCGCCUCCUCUUCGUCGUCAUCUACACAACGUUUUCAUCGACGACUUGUGUUUACAGAGCCCAUAGGCAACGAACAGGCUGAUCGUGUCACUUUGAGUCAGUAUUACGGACAAUCCACGCCAGAGCAAAAGCCACAUCGCAAACCACGUGUGUAUCUCGUAGCCAGCGAUUUUAGUAAGGAAAGCCGUUCAGCGAUGGAGUGGACAAUGGGAACGAUGUUACGUGACCAUGAUGAGAUCCACGUUGUUACUGUAGUAAGCCAAGAGCAAGAUUUGGCAGAAUUAGACAUGACUCCAGCAAAAGUGCUACAAGGUGUUUCGAAAACGCUUAAUGCGAGAGCAAAACAGUUGUUAAGCCAUAUGCUUCUCUUUAACGUGAAGCUGGUGACAGUGGCUACUCGUGGUCAUGUUCGGGAGGUUUUACACAAUUUGAUUAACGAAUUACCAGUGACAAUGGUUGUGUGCGGUUGCCGGGGACGUAGCACUAUGAAAGGAAUGCUCAUGGGAUCUGUAUCCACGUACCUACUCCACAAGGCUCCCGUGCCUGUCUCAGUGAUUCGAUACCAUAAGAAAAGGAAACAUAAAUCAAAGAGAAAGUCGGCAGCCCAUGCUGCCGCUCUCAGCGAAAGUAUGAAAGCAGGCCAUCUUGUUGUAGAUGAAUUAGGUGCUGCACGGUAAAAUGUUACUGCAUAAUAAAGAAAAGGUGUCGUCACUCUCAACUCAGCAUCAGGCGGAUAUAUUCUCGUGCUGCAUUUCCCAUAUAUUAUUGUAAGCAUACGAAUGAUAAGGGAAAAAAGACUUUUUGUGCCACCAUCUGAGAUGAAUCUUGAUGAUCGAUUCUUGGUUAUGUUCGGUGUGUUUACAAACAAGGGUUGAGUUCACUGCAUUCUAUGCU